AUGCAUAAUAUCAAUAAAGAUAUUGGGCUAGAUGAAGUAAUAGAUAUUCUCGAAGAACAUGAAGAUGGGCCAGAAACGCAUGAAGAUGAGCCAGAACUUACUUAUAAGCAGCCUGAUAAUUUCGAGCAAGAUAGUACAACCAGCCCAAGCCCAACCUAUGCCGAGUCGGAUCCAACGUCAUCACUAGGGUUAAACCACCUGACAUCUUUCUAUAAAAGCUCCAGUCCGCUUCCAUUUCCUUCAACCGUCUACAACUCUCUCACACAACCAAGCGCCUCCACAGAAGCCAUAACCACCACCGCAAUGACGUCGACGAGCAUUUUCGAUCACAAAGUUCCCGACGAUGACCACGACUACUACGACGUCACAUUCUUCGAAGAUACCAUUUUGACCUUAGUCACAGCCAAACCAUCCUACGUCGACUUCUGGAUCAACGACAUCGAAAGCAUCCACCGCCGCCGUCUCCACUCCCUCGUCGUCGGCCUCUAUAUUGAGUGGCGUCCUAACCGUCGGAAUAACGUAAACCCUGUCGCCACCCUCCAACUCUGCGUUGGACACCGCUGCCUGAUUUUUCAAAUCAUCCACGCCCCUACAACCCCGUUACUCAGAGACUUCCUCCUCAAUCCUUCCUACACCUUCGUCGGCGCUGGCAUCGAGGACGACGUCAAGAAGCUGAAGGACGAUUACAAUCUCGACGUUGGGAGGACGAUGGACUUAAGAGCGUUGGUUACGGAGAAGUACAAUCGACCGGAUCUUGGGAAUGUUGGGUUGAAAGGAUUAACAAGAAUCGUCCUUGGGAAGGAGUUGAUCAAGCAGAAGAUUGUUUCGAAAAGCAGAUGGGAUAAUCGACGGCUGUCUCCGGCGCAGGUGGAAUAUGCAUGCAUCGAUGCUUUCUUGAGUUUUGAGAUCGGUAGGAUCUUGAUUUCUGGGAAUACGAACUGA